ACGUUCUUUCCGUUAUUUAUUCGACUAUUUGGCCGGCCAAAAUAAAAUGGCCGUCGAUCGGAGCUGCAGCUCCUAUCGAAGCUACGAUACAUUGCUUGAUAUGUGGAAUGUAAAUAACUGUCAAUGACAAACAAUAUCACGAGUGUUUCGUGAUAUAAUGUAUUACUCAGAAAUGAUUAUUAACAAUUUUCCAUUUCGAACUGAUCGAAAUCACGUUGACUCGUCCUUUUUUUCAGGUAUUAAGUAAGUUUUUGCUCCUGUAAUAUUAAGUUUGGUGCCCUAGAUGAGCACCCAUAAAAUAAAGAAACUAGAAGAUAAGUAUCCUCAGCAUAAAAGUAUCGACGACGAAAAAAUUUAUGUUCUCAAACGAGUAAUUGGAAGGAAUGCAAAUUAAAAUCGUACGAGUUGGUAAAAAUGACCGAAUCUAUAAAAGUGGCGACUGACCAGGAAUCGGCAGUCUUUGACGAAAUUCCGAACGAUUGGUCUCGAGGCAAUUGCAUCUCUAAUUUGUAAUCUUCUUAAAUAAAAUUAUUGUUAACUUGUUUUAGAAGUAUUGAGUUGGACUCUUCUCGGCCUUAAUGCCUUAAAUACUCGCCCUUGAUAGCUCGUCCCUUCGCGAUGGUUUUCGCAGACACAACAUAAGUUUCGUAAAGCAUAAAUCAAUAUUGUAGAAAAUAAACACGACUUACGAAUGGAAAAUCAAAUUGCAUUCAAACAGUCAUUGAAAUCAUUUCCUUAAUUGUAGAACCAAAAGUUUCAAGUAUGCAAAAUUGAUAAUUUUUUUUGUUUUUUACCACGACGCUUAAUAAUUUUCAUUGGUGUUUGUGGAAAAUUUUGAGUCUAGGAACAACUCUCAGGUGGUGAAAACGCAAAUUUUUUCUUUUUUUUUUUUCCAGUGCCGGAAGCUCCGUCCAUCAUUGUUGCUGUCAGUCUUCUUUUUGCUGUUUCACCCAUUGAUUCCAUUAAUUUAGAUGAAAUUAAAGCGGAAAUUGCAAUUUUUUUUUUUAUUGGAACUGUGGCAAAUUUCUGUACUCGAAGUGCUCUCUCAAAUUUUUUGCACUCAGUUCUUCCGCUUGAUGCGAUUCUUAACAAUUAUUUCGACGCUUGUGAAUGGGCGCACUCGAAAUCGAUUUUUGUUGGUGGGAGAUGAAGCGUAAUGAAGAAAAAAGCGAGCUUGUCUCUCUGAGGACUUUUCUCUCUUGACCUCUGGAGUGCAAGUUCCAAUAGGAGUCAGCUUCUUCAUUAAGGAAGCUUUCCACUCGAUUUAUGUCCCUUCGGAGGGCGUCAGUAUUUCCCAGAGUGGGGAUAAGGCGAGCUCAUAUUGGAAGGACGUUUCUUCGAUUCCGCUUCUUUCUCAAAAGUAAAUUCAGUGAAACUCGAGCUAUGGAAAUUGUUCGCAGGUCUCUCUACCUUGUUUUCAUUGUUGUUGUGAAUUUUGAAAAUUCUCAAUUUUGCCAUUGCGAAAUGCGUUCAACGACUCUUGACCUCAUUAUUCUCGGCCUGUAUCGCGAUGUUGAAUUCAUGUAUGAGAGGCCCGGACAAAUGAACGUCGAUGCAAUUUUCGGCUUGAAUCUUGCGCAAGUACACGUGGGUGCAGUGCUUGAGCACGAAAAUGCGAUUUUUCUGACGGAAAAGAAUCGAAUAACGCUCCAAGUGAUUUUGACGUUGUGCCAAAUUGCUGAGAACGAUGGGAAAAAACUCGUCAAGGCCAGUGGUCUGGAGAUGAUGAUCCGAACAGAGGUUUGGAAUCGUACGAUAUUCUGGAGACUCGGCGAGCUCGGUGAAAGACCUUCGACGAGUGCAGGCCUCUCAGAGGCGGAAGUUCCUCGUUUAUUUUACCAAGGGAGUCCAUCCGAAUCUGAGAGUUUACGGUGCUUCAUUGAUUUAUUGGUACGAGAUGAAAAUCGUAUUUGCAGAAUUUCAAAAGAAUGUGCAGAGAUGCUCGAGAGGAACGAUUGUUCUCGGGGAUAUCCAUUGACCCAUCGAAUUCUUUAUGCUCAGUUGGCGACGGCGUUGGGCUGCCAGACAAUUUCCCUGGGAGGGCUCGAAAGUAUGAAAAAAGCUUUCUGUACCACCGUACUUCAGGAUCUGGUUGAUUUGGAGUCCAUGAACUUCCCAUUUUUUUCGAGGGAUCUUGCGAUGGAGCAGAUUGCUGUUUGCGGUAUGAACGGAUAUCUCGAAUUCACGAACGAACGUUACGCUAAAUUGAUCACCAGUUGGCCCAAUUCUCAUGGAUGCUUUUCCGCUUUUGGAUUCGGUGAAGGUGACGAGAAAAAGCGUGGAAAAAGAUCAACUUCUAAGAUGGAUUACGGAUGCGAUAAUCAUGCUUCCGGUGUCGCGGCCGCAUGUCUCUCGCUGCUCAUUAGAUCAGCCGUGGAAAAUUUAGAUCCACUCUUUUUUUGACACUGCAAAUCGAGUGCGGAAAAAAUGUAUCCAUGAGACCAUGAUAAUUUAUUGACAGGAAUGCUAUUGUUCAUGAUAUUCAUUAUUACGCCGAAGAGUCAGAUCAUCGGGCGAAAAAAAAAAUAAAAAAAAAUGUAAUUGCGAUCGUAAUGGAACUCGUCAAAAUUGGCCUUCUUUUUUGUCUGUAGAAAUUAAAAUUAUUCUUCAAUCCGAAAGUGAAAGGCCAUCUUUUCUAGCUUGAAUUAACUCUUAAGUUUAAAUUAGUCAGAACUUUUUUUUGAGAUUGAUGGAAAUGUUGAGCCGAGCUUUUUCAUUUCUUGAGUCUCGUUGGUGACAACAUCGUAAUACUACAUUGCAGAAUAUGUACGAGCGUAGAGCAGAACGAGCGCUCCGUUCGAUGACAUUAUCCAGACGCGAGUCAGGAGUUCUCAUGCCAAGAGUCUCAAUUGAUGCGUGUCGCGUUGCGUUUUUUUUCUUGCUUCAUCUUCGGUUAUUUACGCUUUUGUAACGACACAAAAGAGGCAAAAAAAUGCAUUGAAAUAAUCUUUGGAUUUGUCUGUAAUAUUUUACAUAUUCGAAUUUUCAUUCUAUCAUAAAAAUCAUGAAUGAAGCUCGAUCUUACCCAACGGAAUCCGAACCAUUGUAAUUUAGGCUACACGAAAAUUUCAAAAUCACAUUGCACCUCGAGGGGCCACUUAACCCAGAGGCUGCUCAAACUGUUCAAACCUGAAAGCUGCCUCACUUUAGACAUGAAUUUCAUGAUAGUGCUUUUCUGAUUCUUCACUACAAACACGUAAACUUGGUGUCUUAAAACUUGGUAUCUUUUAAUGUUAAAAAAAUUACAAUUUUCACUCGAAAUCCAUGGUUUCAACCACGAUAAACUGCUAACAUUUUAUGGAAGGGAACUUUUUGUGGCCUUUUUUCACCUUAUUUUCAAGCAUACCAUGUACGCUUGAGCAACUUAUAUUACUUUUUCCUUAAACAUUAUUUUUUUUGAAAUUUUAUUAGAUCACAGUCGGGCGAUUCUUGAUUAAAAGGAAAGAUCCCAGAGGAUAUUAUCAACUUGCACGCCGGACGUGCAAGUUGAUAAUAUCAAAGAAGGCUUGAAUCCCUCAGCUCUUUCAAUGAUUAGUGCCAUUACGCCAAACCCCCUGUUCGUCCGUUCAACAUCGCUCAUCUGCCCAUCCUCCCUCGCUCUCUCUUUCUGUCUUCCUCUCUCUCCGUUCGUAUAUCUCAAUUCGUUCUAAUUAGAAUAAUCUUACAAGGUUUAUAAAUUCGAUUAAUUUAUUAAUUUCUUUCAAGUCUUCUUCCAUACAAUUUGAUCACUAUAACAAAGGGCAACAAGAAUCGAUAAAACCUGCAGUAAGCAUGAUCCAAAACGUUGGAUUUUAAUCCAUUAAAAUGUAUCUCAGGAUCGGGUGGACGGAUUGACUUGCAACGAGGACCAAUGAGAAGAAUAAGCACGAGGAAUAUCCUCUAAAAUUCAGAUUUUUUACUCGACUCGUUGUCUCACGAGAGCAGAUCAAAAACCGAAGAUGAAUUUGAAAAUCUUCAUACACGAACUCCCGCUGACGUGUUUUUUUUUUAAAUUUCUCGUGGACGAUUUCUCAAAAGCGAUCAUUUCGAG